AUGAGACUCUCGUUUUCCACUCUUUUGGCCUUUCAGGCACUGGUCGGCUCUAGCAUAGCCGCUGCUUUGCCGGAAAAGGCCAUUCUUCGACCAGUCCAGAAGCGACAGGCCUCCAUCCCAUCUACACCCCUUGGACCAGCCAAAUUCACCCCGAAGACCAACGUUACCUUGCCCUAUGAAGGGCUCAACGCUACCAACGCCCUCGUCCGGGCUAUGAUGAAGCAACCUGCCGUCUUGUUAGAGAACAUCGAGACAAUCACCGAUGUUGAGUGCUCGACUGCUGGACUUGUUCUCAAAUUUAGCGUUACCGAAGACUACAACACAUGCUUGAGCACAUGGCCAGCAAAGGACUUCAUCAUCAUCACGAACCACAAUGGGACUUGCGACAGCGAGCACGAGCGCGGUGUCUAUGUGGUCCAGAACUACACCUUUGACAAUGCCACCUUGACUCUUACUGCUUCGUCUACCAAAGCAGAGAUCAGUGAUCAGAUGAAUGACGCAGUCAUCGAUUUCCAGCACACCGGCACUGCUACGACCAAGCGUGAUCUCUCCGGAACCAUUUCCGCAGACCUUUCUGGCUCCACGCUCGUUGCGACGGACGCCUUGAAUAUUGUCGCCAAUGAAGCCAAGCUGGAAAGCACAGUCACCUUGGCCGGCCAUGUUCACUACAGUUUUCGGAAGUUCAAGGUUGACGAGUUCUACAUUGAUGUAGACUACUCGUCUGCUUUGAACCUCAAUAUCUCUGCUGCAGUCAACGCCCAGUAUUCGACCAACUUGUACAACUACAACCCUCUUUCCGUAUCUGUUUCAGCCUUCACUAUUCCCGGCAUCAUCGAUGUCGGCCCCAUGAUGAACUUCGGUCUCGGCAUCGAAUUUGCUGCAUCCGGUGUUGUCAAGGCGUCUGUGGACGUUGUCUCAACUAUUGCCGAUGCUCAAGUUCACCUUGACUUUUUGGACUCCGCCAAGACCUCUACAACAGGCUGGAAGCCGCAGACCAAUGUCACCACGGAUAUCACUGCUCAAGUUGAGCUUCAGCUAAAUCCGUUUGCUGACCUGACCGUUGCCCUGGGGGUCAAGCUUUUUAACGGUCUCCUAGACAUGUCUGCUGGAGUCGAGGCGAAGCCUCAGGUCGUCAACGUAUUUGCGGCGGACUUUGACUUCGCUUACACCAGCGCCAGCGGUGUUACCUUUGCAAAGCCUACUGAGGAUCAGUGCAAGAAUGGCGCUUGGUUUGCUAGCACUUUCCACUUGGGCGUUGAUGCAUAUGUCACGCAGUUCUACACCAAGAAAUUGUACGAGGUCGAUGUGCCGAUUUACCAGUCGCAAUGCUGGAAUUUUGUCCACUGA